GGGAAAACUGGAUUACGGCCAUGCCAGAGUGUAAGCAAAGCUCUGAGGAGAAAGAGAGGCUCCAGAGUGCAUUGAUUUGCAACGGCUUUGGGAGUUUCCUUUGCUUCUACUGAAACCAAGGAAACAUUGCAGCCCCAGCAUGUUCGCUGGUGCAGAGAUGCUAACAAAGUGAGAACGAACAUUUCCGGGCCAUGUCAGACCUCCUGUGAGAUUACCAGUAGUGUGCAGGACACACUAAUGCACAGAAUUGUUCCUCCAGGUGUGGGUGACAAGAGAAACACAAAUGCUAUGGAUCCUCAAGAUUUCCGGUACUACUGCAUAGAAGGUGCCGUGGCGGUCUUGGGCUCCGUGCUGUUUGGGAUGAUAUUGUGUUGUGUGAUCUGUCUGUGGAGGAAGAGACAACGGCUGUGCUGCGGGCUGUCGCGCGUCCUGACGUAGGAUCCUGCCGGCUGCGCCAAUCUCUCGCCAAGGGGCGGAAUGCACCUCGCUCAGAAGGAGAGAAGCAUCCGUGAGUUUUAUUGAGUGCUCACCACGAGAGACCCCAUGAGCCUGGGGGAAGGGCGGCACUCCCCUUCUCUGUGCAGCCCAGGCUCUUGUCACAGUGCAUGACCUCCUGCGCAAACAGGAGUGGCUGAUGGCAGAGUUCUUCAAGGAGGCUGGUGUGGGCACGAGGAAGAUGCCAGGAGCAGACUUCAUUCAAGUCAUCAAGGGGACCAAAGUUCCCAUGAGAGACAAGGAACAGGAGGACACAGCCAUUUUGUUGACUUCCUUGAAACGAGGGAAUUUUACAAGCAGUGGAGAUCUGACUGAAGGUCAAACCCAGUGGCUGGAGAUGAGGAACGGACAAUGCAGAGAGAGCAGAGCAGGCGUGUAAGAUGAGUUUCAUCUUUCACACCUGCCACUUGCCCACCUUCUGCGGGGGGCCAAGCCAAAGGGAUGAAGGCUCGUGCCCAUACCAAGCCCAAAGCAAAGUUAAAGGACUGAGAAGUUCCCCCAGUCAGCCCUGAGCCAGAGCGCAGUUACCUAAGAAUUAAAAAGAGCACAGGAAUUCCACGGAGUUUCAUGAUAGAGGUGCCCAAUACGAAGGGUGCUAUGCUGACAAACAAUGGAAAAUAUGCAAUGCCAACUAUUAAUGCGGAAGCUUCUGCUAGAGAAAAGAAGGAAAAGCCUCCCUUUUUGCCAGAGGAGCCGUCCUCCUCCUCAGAUGAUCCUGUUCCAGACGAGUUGUUACGUCUCAUGUGUAAGGAUCUAAUGACUGAUGCAGCUGUUAUUCCCUGCUGUGGAAACAGUUAUUGUGAUGAAUGUAUUAGAACAGCAUUGCUGGAAUCUGAGGAACAUACAUGCCCAGCAUGGCAUCAGACGGAUGUUUCGCCUGAUGCUUUAAUUGCCAACAAGUACCUACGCGAGGCUGUGAACAAUUUAAAAAAUGGAACUGGCUACACAAAAAGGCUCCGUCAGCAGAUUCGGCAGCAACAGCAGCAGCAGCCGCUACUGCCACCGCCUCCACCACCACUCAUGACUGUUACACCUCCUGCUGCUCUGGUGACUACUGCUGAACCUUCUACAUCUUCCUCUCUGUCAACCAGCAGUUCGUUGGAAGAGAAGGGCCAUCAGGCUCCUGUGCGAAGACAACCAGCAUUAGCAAGUCAUCUGGGCCCCCAAGGACAAUCAAUACCCACCACUGGUCAUCCAGCGAGAGUCAGUACAAUUUGCUCAGCAGGUGGCAGACCAGGCUGGGAACUUACUCCUAGGCUGCAGAAGCAGCCUCAAAGGCACUAUGGAAUGACUUCUCCAAUUAGCUUGGCUCCUCCUAAGGAUGUAGAUUGCAUUCAUACUCAGAAGGUGGUUGAAGUGAUGAAAGCAUUUGGGGUAUUUGAAGAUGAGGAAGAACUGAAUCACAGGCUGGUCGUUCUUGGUAAACUGAAUAACUUGGUCAAAGAAUGGAUUUCAGAACUUGGUGAGAGCAAGGUGCUGGUGAGAAAAGUCCACAGGCUGCAGAUUGCAGAUGGCCGCUAAUGUGCCGUGCAGCUGUGGCGCUGGCCACCCUGGCGUCCAUAGUCCUUCUGGCAGCUUUGGGUCACCUGGUUAAAUCGCUGCUGAAGAAUAGGAAACAAGAACCACAGCUUCCUCUUGUCAACGUUGCCUCAGAGACAGACGCAGCUACAAGUGAAGCCAAAGCAAAUUCAGAAAAAGAAAGAAAACUCACCCAAAUUGCCAUGGAAGCAGAAGAACUCGCCAAUAAGUGGACUUAGUACAAUAACUGAAGAGUGUGGAAACACUUUGGCCUCCUGCUGUCAGCUCCAAACGGAGGGAGAGGAGAAAGGUCCCUCUCCUGCACCAGGAGGUGCUGGUCUGUUACGAAGCCAGUCAGAAAGGUACUCGCACUCUGUACAGCAUCGUUUCCAAUGCUCUUAGAGCCUUAGCUGGAACAAAAGC